AUGGCGGACGUCGACCCAGAAACACUUCUGGAGUGGCUUCAAAUGGGACAGCAGGGCGAUGAACGAGACAUGCAACUAAUAGCCCUGGAACAACUAUGCAUGUUACUACUCAUGUCCGAUAACGUGGAUAGAUGUUUUGAAAGUUGUCCACCGAGAACUUUUCUGCCAGCACUUUGUAGAAUAUUUCUUGACGAAUGUGCCCCUGAUAAUGUUCUUGAAGUUACCGCACGUGCCAUUACAUACUAUCUGGAUGUAUCUGCCGAGUGUACACGUCGUAUUGUUGCUGUUGAAGGUGCCAUCAAAGCCCUCUGCAACAGGCUGGUUGUGGCUGAAAUGUCUUCUCGUACAAGCCGGGAUUUAGCUGAACAGUGUAUCAAAGUCUUGGAACUUAUCUGCACUCGUGAAUCUGGUUCAGUUUUUGAAGCUGGCGGCUUAAACUGCGUCCUUACAUUCAUAAGAGAACAUGGUUCUCAAGUACACAAAGACACACUUCAUUCAGCUAUGUCAGUUGUCUCUCGACUGUGUGGCAAAAUGGAGCCCACUCAGGAUACAGCUCUAGAAGGAUGUGUGGAAUCCUUAUCCACUUUAUUGAAACAUGAAGACCCAUUUGUUUCAGAUGGGGCAUUACGAUGUUUUGCCUCACUUGCUGACCGUUUUACCCGACGUGGAGUCGAUCCUGCUCCUUUGGCACAACAUGGAAUUGUUGACGAGUUGCUCUUCCGUCUAAAAGCUGCUGGCGAAGCUGUUCAUGGGGGACACGGAACAUCUGGUGUUGGUCCCAGUACUUCUGCAGGUGCAACUGCUCUUGUACCUGUUGACUCCAAAUCAAGUGCCAGUGUAUCCACAGUAAUCAGUUUGCUGUCCACUUUAUGCAGGGGUAGCCCAUGUAUAACACAUGACUUGCUGAGAUCACAUUUACUAGAAGCCAUUGAAAGUGGCCUCAAAGGAGAUGAACGUUGCUGCUUAGACACUAUGCGGCUUGUUGAUCUCCUGUUGGUGCUGUUAUUCGAAGGUAGGAAAGCACUUCCAAAGGCUGCUGCUUCUGGAAUUGGCAACAUAUCAAGCAGUCGAUUACUACCUGGACUGCGGCGUGUUGAUAGUACAGGUGGUGGUGAGCCCCGUUCACACAGGCAACUUAUUGACUGUAUCAGAAGUAAAGACACAGAUGCUUUAAUCGAUGCUGUUGAUAAUGGUUUUGAAGUUAACUUCAUGGAUGAUGUUGGACAAACCUUAUUGAAUUGGGCAUCUGCUUUUGGUAGUCAGGAUAUGGUUGAAUUUCUAUGUGAGCGUGGAGCUGAUGUAAAUAGAGGUCUCAGAUCCUCAUCUCUGCAUUAUGCAGCAUGUUUUGGUCGACCCCAAAUUGUAAAGACUCUUCUGCGUUAUGGAGCAAACCCUGAUCUUAGGGAUGAAGAUGGAAAAACUCCUUUGGAUAAAGCCAGAGAAAGAAAUGAUGAAGGGCACAGAGAAGUCAUCCAAAUUCUUCAAUCACCAGGAGAAUGGAUGGUACCUGUUCAACGUGAUAAUGCUCAAGGAGAAAGUGAUCGAGAGAAAGACUUAAUUGAAGAAGACAAAGGUGAAUGUACAGAACCGAAAGGUGAUCCUGAAGUGGCACCCAUCUAUAUCAGAGGUCUCUUACCUGUUUUUGCACAAGUAUUUCAUGGUUCUAUGCUAACAUCAGUCAGGAAAGCAAGUUUAUCUCUCAUCAGAAAAAUGGUUCAUUACAUCAGUGGACCAUUACUAGCAGAGAUGAGUUGUUCUGAAUUUAGUAGUCCAAAUUUUGGCUCUUCACUUACUGAAGUAAUUGCCACAGUGUUGGAUAAUGAAGAAGAUGACAAUGGUCACUUGAUAGCAUUACAAAUUGUACAGGAUUUGAUGAAAAAAGGUCAGGAGAUAUACUUGGAGCACUUUGCACGUUUAGGCUUAUUUGGGCGGGUACUUGCUUUGGUUGGUCCUCUUGAAGAAGAAGAAGCCAAAGAGAAGGAAGAGGAGGAGCCAGUGAUGGAAGAUGCAAAAGAAAUAUUGCCAGGAAAGCCUUAUCACUGGAAAGACUGGAGUAUUGUCCGUGGGCGUGAUUGCCUUUAUCUUUGGAGUGAUGCUGCUGCCUUAGAACUAUCCAAUGGGAGCAAUGGUUGGUUUCGCUUUAUACUAGACAGCAAGCUUGCUACCAUGUAUUCUAGUGGCAGUCCUGAAGGAGGAUCAGAUAGUUCUGAAAACAGAGGUGAAUUUGUUGAAAAGUUACAGAAAGCACGAAGCCAAAUACGUGUAGGUACAAUGAGUCAGCCAAUUGUAUCUAAGCCUGAUGCUGUUAGUUUGAUUGUUGGGAACUGGGUAUUGAUGUGCCGAAAAGUUGGUGAAAUGCAAAUUCAUAAUUCAGAUGGACAGCAGCAAUCAACUCUCUUGGGCGAAGAUUUACCUGGAUUUAUUUUUGUCUCCAACCGUGGAACUAGGCAUUCAUUUACUGCUGAAACCACCUUGGGUCCAGAAUUUGCUUGUGGAUGGGGUGGAAAAAAGAGUAAAAAAUCCCGAACAAAAAUUGAUGCACUAAGAAUGAAAGUGAGAACACUGGCUCGUGAAUUGUAUGAGCAAUACUUCAGAGCAGCAGAAGCCUCUCCCCGAGGGAUCGUUGCCAGAAUCAAAAACAUUGUACAUAGACUUGAAGCCUCCUAUGCUAAACAGAUUAGUCAGAUCAAGUCUCCAACUGGAGAAGUUGAAUGGGAAGAAGACAUGCUUUCUGCCUUGGAAGAACUUACAACUUUAUUAAAAGAUGAACAUACAGUUUCAUCUUUUGAAUUAUCAAGUAGUGGUUUAGUGCAAACACUACUCAACAUCCUCAACAAUAAUCUUGAAGAUAUGCAAACAAGAGCAGGCAUGAAAAGAACAAAUGAAAGAAUAAAACUUUUCAAGAGGAUUUUUCAAAAAAAGGCAGGUGCAUUUAAUCCUGCUGUGGCAUUAGUGAAGAAACUUGUUGCAGUACUAGAGUCCAUUGAAAAACUCUCAGUGUAUAGCUAUGAUCUACCUGGUUCUGGUUAUGGUCUACAGAUCCUUACUCAAGACUUAGAUUUCGUUUUAGAAAGAGCUGCUGGAGAAACUGGUCUGAUUGAUAGAUCAAAUCGUACCUUAAAAAUGGAACCCCUUACAACAGUGUCGGCUUUGGAAAGAUACCUCUUAAAAAUGGUUGCCAAACAAUGGUAUGAUUAUGAUAGAUCUACUUUCACUUUUGUAAAGAAAUUGAAAGAGCCUGGGACCACAAUAACUUUUACACACCAAAGAGAUUUCGAUGAAAAUGGUUUGAUAUAUUGGAUUGGCACAAAUGCCAAAACUGCAUAUGAAUGGGUUAAUCCUGCCCAAUAUAGUUUGGUAUUUGUUACUUCAUCAGAGGGCAGAAAUCUCCCAUAUGGGAAACUUGAAGAUAUACUUAGCAGAGAUUCAUCUGCUAUAAACUGUCAUAGCAAUGAUGACAAAAAAGCCUAUUUUGCUAUUGAUUUGGGUGUCUGGAUUAUUCCAAGCUGUUACACCUUGCGUCAUGCAAGAGGAUAUGGAAGAUCUGCUCUAAGGAAUUGGCAGUUUCAAGUAUCCAAAGAUGGUCAGAAUUGGCUCACUCUAUAUAAUCAUGUUGAUGAUUGCUCUCUGAAUGAGCCAGGAUCCACUGCAUCAUGGCCAAUUGAAUGUCCAGUUGAAGAAACCCAAGGAUGGAGACAUGUGCGGCUACAACAAGCUGGGAAAAAUGCCAGUGGUCAAACCCAUUAUCUCUCUCUUUCUGGCUUUGAAAUCUAUGGCAAAGUUACUGGGGUCUGUGAUGAUAUUGGAAAAGCCGCUAGAGAAGCUGAAGCAAAUCUAAGACGACAAAGAAGAAUCAUAAAAUGUCAAGUUCUCAGACAAAUACAGCAUGGUGCCCGUGUUGUCCGUGGAAUGGAUUGGAAGUGGAGAGAUCAAGACGGUAACCCACCUGGUGAGGGACUUGUUACAGGGGAACUACAUAAUGGAUGGGUUGAUGUGACAUGGGAUUUUGGUGGUUCCAAUUCUUAUCGCAUGGGAGCAGAGGGCAAAUUUGAUCUACAACUUGCGCCAUCAUAUGAUCCUGAAAAGGCAAGGUCAAAGGCAGAGCAAACAGGUUUAACUAAUAAACAAAGAACUGGAUCUUCUUUUAUGGAAAAAGUAAAGGUGAGCAUAACAAACCGCAAGAGCAAUUCCACUCCUAGUCUUAGUGAGGUGUCAGAGACACGAGCUUCAGUGGCAAGUACAGAACAAGCCUCAUCGGCCGAGAAUCUUUCAUCAGCUCUCAAAAAUUUAUUAGAAGGUCUACGAGGUUGUCCAGAUCCUUUUUAUUCAAUGAUGCAUUUAACUCCACAUCCAUCAUCACAAGCCAUAAGGGGCAACCCUCUGGAAUCUCAUCUGUCAGUCUCACCCAUUCCUCCUACAUGCAGCAACUACUUGGGGACAAAUCAGAACUUGGCAGACAGUGUGGCUAAUUUAUCAAGCAAUGACACCAUCGUCAUGGUCACCGUUGAUUCAAGUGAGGAACAGUCAAACAACGGCAACAAUGCACAAGAGUCGACACCAGCUGUUCACUGGGAGCAAAGCAGUCAAGAACGUGAAUAUUUAGAGGGUGCAACUGGUGGUGGAGACACUGGACUUGCUGCUUCUAAAAUUGAAAAACGAAGAGGUGCAGAAGGCGGAAUUGAUACACUUAGCACCUAUCUCACUCAGCAGAAGAAAAUAUUUCGUGCUGAAGCUAGAAAGCUACAUGAAGCUCAGAAUUCUCGCGGUUCCCCAACCAACCCUAUGAGUGUGAGUGUUCCUAACUUGCCCACCACUCUAGAACCUGGUAAUAAUUUGAUGGAAUCAUUUGCUGUGGUGGCCAGGAGGAACUUAACUAAUGAAACUAAUAAUAUGGCUGCUUCCACUGCUAACAAUGGUGGAUUAGUCAGAUUAGCUGCCUUUGCUAAUUCACCCAACAGUCUGUUGAGUGCUCAGAGUUUUCCUAAUCUUACCAGUACACAAUCAACUACAUCUAGUACCCUCACCACUGCCCAAACAAUGACCAAUAUGACUCUAAGCCAGGCUCUUACUCGCAGUUUACCAUCCACUUCAAGUGAAAGUGAUAAUGAAUUCUUGGAGAGUUGCCAAGCUAAUGCUUUGUUAGCUGACCUGGAUGAUGACUUGAUGCCUGAUAUUGAUAAUGAUGGUGAUGAAAAUGAUGAUGAAAAUGAAGAUGAUGAUUUUGAUGAUGUUGUAAUGGAAGAGGAUGAUAUUGAAUUUAGAGGAGAGAAGCCAAGAAUGUGGGAUGAUGAAUUUGUAUUAAAACGGCAAUUUUCUGCUCUUAUACCUGCCUUCGAUCCUCGGCCUGGUCGGACAAAUUUUUAUGUGCACUCUCACAUUACCUCUCACAUUACCUCUCUCUGUCUCUCUUAUUCUCUGUCUGUCUGUCUUAUUCUCAUUGUCUGUCUGUCUGUCUUAUUCUCAUUGUCUGUCUGUCUGUCUUAUUCUCAUUGUCUGUCUGUCUGUCUUAUUCUCAUUGUCUGUCUGUCUGUCUUAUUCUCAUUGUCUGUCUGUCUGUCUUAUUCUCAUUGUCUGUCUGUCUGUCUUAUUCUCAUUGUCUGUCUGUCUGUCUUAUUCUCAUUGUCUGUCUGUCUGUCUUAUUCUCAUUGUCUGUCUGUCUGUCUUAUUCUCAUUGUCUGUCUGUCUUAUUCUCAUUGUCUGUCUGUCUUAUUCUCAUUGUCUGUCUGUCUGUCUUAUUCUCAUUGUCUGUCUGUCUGUCUUAUUCUCAUUGUCUGUCUGUCUGUCUUAUUCUCAUUGUCUGUCUGUCUGUCUUAUUCUCAUUGUCUGUCUGUCUGUCUUAUUCUCAUUGUCUGUCUGUCUGUCUUAUUCUCAUUGUCUGUCUGUCUGUCUUAUUCUCAUUGUCUGUCUGUCUGUCUUAUUCUCAUUGUCUGUCUGUCUGUCUUAUUCUCAUUGUCUGUCUGUCUGUCUUAUUCUCAUUGUCUGUCUGUCUUUCUUAUUCUCAUUUGUCUGUCUGUCUGUCUUAUUCUCAUUGUCUGUCUGUCUGUCUUAUUCUCAUUCUGUCUGUCUGUCUUAUUCUCAUUGUCUGUCUGUCUUAUUCUCAUUUGUCUGUCUGUCUGUCUUAUUCUCAUUGUCUGUCUGUCUGUCUUAUUCUCAUUUGUCUGUCUGUCUUCUUCUCUCAUUGUCUGUCUGUCUGUCUUAUUCUCAUUGUCUGUCUGUCUGUCUUUGUUCUCUUUGUCUGUCUGUCUGUCUUAUUCUUUUUGUCUGUCUGUCUGUUCUUAUUCUCUGUUCUGUUUGUCUGUCUGUCUCUCUUCUCUUUGUCUGUCUGUCUGUCUCUCUUUCUUUUCUGUCUGUCUGUCUUAUUCUCUUUGUCUGUCUGUCUGUCUUAUUCUCUUUGUCUGUCUGUCUGUCUUAUUCUCUUUGUCUGUCUGUCUGUCUUAUUCUCUUUGUCUGUCUGUCUGUCUUAUUCUCUUUGUCUGUCUGUCUGUCUUAUUCUCUUUGUCUGUCUUAUUCUCUUUGUCUGUCUUAUUCUCUUUGUCUGUCUUUGUCUCUUUGUCUGUCUUAUUCUUUUUGUCUGUCUUUUUUUCUUUUGUCUGUCUUAUUCUCUUUGUCUGUCUUUAUUCUCUUUGUCUGUCUUAUUCUCUUUGUCUGUCUUAUUCUUUUUGUCUGUAUUCUCUUUUCUGUCUUAUUCUCUCUGUCUGUCUUAUUCUUUUGUCUGUCUUAUUCUCUUUGUCUGUCUUAUUCUCUUUGUCUGUCUUUUUUUGUCUGUCUUAUUCUCUUUGUCUGUCUUAUUCUCUUUGUCUGUCUUUCUUCUCUUUGUCUGUCUUAUUCUCUUUGUCUGUCUUAUUCUCUUUGUCUGUCUUAUUCUCUUUGUCUGUCUUUCUCUUUGUCUGUCUUAUUCUCUUUGUCUGUCUUAUUCUCUUUGUCUGUCUUAUUCUCUUUGUCUGUCUUAUUCUCUUUGUCUGUCUUAUUCUCUUUGUCUGUCUUAUUCUCUUUGUCUGUCUUAUUCUCUUUGUCUGUCUUAUUCUCUUUGUCUGUCUUAUUCUCUUUGUCUGUCUUAUUCUCUUUUUGUCUUUAUUCUCUUUUUUUUGUCUGUCUUAUUCUCUUUGUCUGUCUUAUUCUCUUUGUCUGUCUUUUCUCUUUUUGUCUGUCUUAUUCUCUUUGUCUGUCUUAUUCUCUUUGUCUGUCUUAUUCUCUUUGUCUGUCUUAUUCUCUUUGUCUGUCUUAUUCUCUUUGUCUGUCUUAUUCUCUUUGUCUUCUUUAUUCUCUUUGUCUGUCUUAUUCUCUUUGUCUGUCUUAUUCUCUUUUUCUGUCUUAUUCUCUUUUCCUCUUUAUUCUCUUUGUCUGUCUUAUUCUCUUUGUCUGUCUUAUUCUCUUUGUCUGUCUUAUUCUCUUUGUCUGUCUUAUUCUCUUGUCUAUUCUCUUUUGUCUGUCUUAUUCUCUUUGUCUGUCUUAUUCUCUUUGUCUGUCUUAUUCUCUUUGUCUGUCUUAUUCUCUUUGUCUGUCUUAUUCUCUUUGUCUGUCUUAUUCUCUUUGUCUGUCUUAUUCUCUUUUCUGUUUAUUCUCUUUGUCUUCUUAUUCUCUUUGUCUGUCUUAUUCUCUUUGUCUGUCUUAUUCUCUUUGUCUGUCUUAUUCUCUUUGUCUUAUUCUCUUUUUCUCUCUUUUCUCUUUGUCUGUCUUAUUCUCUUUGUCUGUCUUAUUCUCUUUUCUCUUUUCUCUUUUGUCUGUCUUAUUCUCUUUGUCUGUCUUAUUCUCUUUGUCUGUCUUAUUCUCUUUGUCUGUCUUAUUCUUUUGUCUGUCUUAUUCUCUUUUCUUCUUCUCUUAUUCUCUUUGUCUGUCUUAUUCUCUUUGUCUGUCUUAUUCUCUUUGUCUGUCUUAUUCUCUUUGUCUGUCUUAUUCUCUUUGUCUGUCUUAUUCUCUUUGUCUGUCUUUGUCUUCUUAUUCUCUUUGUCUUCUUUUAUUCUCUUUGUCUGUCUUAUUCUCUUUGUCUGUCUUAUUCUCUCUGUUUAUUCUCUUUGUCUGUCUUAUUCUCUUUGUCUGUCUUAUUCUCUUUGUCUGUCUUAUUCUCUUUGUCUGUCUUAUUCUCUUUGUCUGUCUUAUUCUCUUUGUCUGUCUUAUUCUCUUUGUCUGUCUUAUUCUCUUUGUUCAGAAGACAGUUCAAUUCUUGAAUUGAGCCAACAAGUCCCACAACCUCGUCUUGCUUUAUUUUUGAAGGCACCAGCCACAACUGGAACAGAUGAGGUAGAAAUUUACAUGGGUGAUGAAAAUGCAUGUAUCUUCAAAUAUGUACAGCAAUUAAGAGUGCAAGGUGGAAGCAAUGGACGAAGUGAAAGAUUGAAACGUAUCUGGGAGCCAACUUACAUGUAA